AUGAACAUAUUGUUAAAACAAAAUCUUCCCAGAUAUGCUUGGCAGCAGCAAUGCUAUCUAUCAACUAGUCCAAUUGUUCAUAGUUGGUUUGUUAAAUUAACAAAUGUCACGCAAGUCAACACCGAAGCCGCCGUACCCAAACAUACUCGAAAACGAAAUUAUCCAUUGACCUAUGAACAACGGCAAUUUCCAAAAUUAAUCGGACAUACGAAGACGUGGAACACAUUCAAUACAUCAAAUCUACGCGAUGUUCAUCUACGGCACUUGGCAUUCAUUAUUUGUUUCCGAAUUGAUUAUCAAACGACGACAUAA